AAAAACUUAAGAAGCCUAGUCACUUCAAAUGAAUGGAAACAAAGCAAACAUGCAAAGGAAAUUGCAGGGAAAGAGGUUGCGAGGAACAUUAUUUCUCCAUGAUUUUGGAAUGAUGUUUGUAAGGCACUUAAAGUUGGUGGUCCUUUGAUUAUCGUACUUCGUUUGGUGGAUGGGGAGAAAAAACCACCAAUGGGCUAUCUUUAUGAAGCUAUGGAUCUUUGCAAAGAAUCUAUUGCAAAGGCAUUUGGGGGUGAUGAGAGGAGGUAUGAAAAAGUUUUUAAGAUCAUUGAUAAAAGAUGGUCGGAUCAACUUCAUCGACCUUUGCAUGCAGCAGGACAUAUUCUGAACCCGGGGUUAUAUUAUAAGAAUGCAGCUGCUGAAACUUUAGAUGGAGAAGUGUGGGAUGACUACAUUUCAUGUCUUGAGAAGUUGGUCCCUGAUCCCAAUUUGAGAGAUAAAAUGUCGGUUGAGCUUGGUAAGUAUAGACAAGCAGAUGGGACAUUUGGUAAGGAAUCUGCCAUUAGAGCUAGAGACCGUUUGUCACCAGUCGAAUGGUGGAUGCAAUAUGGUAACCAUGUUCCAGCCUUGCAAAAGUUUGCUAUCAAAGUACUAAGCUUAACUUGUAGUGCAUCCGGAUGUGAAAGAAAUUGGAGUGUCUAUGAACAUGUGAGAGAGAAGAAGAUUUAUUCUAUUUUAUAUUACAUAAUUACAUUAUCCUUAUUUUAUUAGUAUUCUUUAAUUACUCUCUACAACUUAUACACGGAUUCACUCCAAGAAGAGGAAUAGACUUGAGCUAAAACGUCUCAAUGAUCUAGUGUACAUUAAGUACAAUAGAACAUUGAAGCGUCGUUAUAAAGCUCGCGACACCAUUGAUCCAAUUAGGUUGGAGAAUAUUGAUGAGGUAAAUGAAUAGGUAACUGGAGCACCCGAAGACCUUACAGAGGAAGAGUUAGAAGAUGAUGGUCUCACUUGGGGUAUUGUUGCUUCGGCAAGUGGAUGUGAGGAGAGUAUUUAUGGUCUUAGGGCGAGUUGUUCAAGUUCAAUGAACAAGGAUAAAGAGGUGGCUUCUUCAAGUCGAACCCUCUUUGAUGAAGACUCAGAGGAAGAAGAAGAUGACAGCCAAUAUAAUGAUAACACUCUUGUGGUUGAAGAAUUUUUAGAUCUUGAAGAAGAAUAGAUGUUGCUUCGUGAUAAUUUGGUUAAUGCUAACACUUAGGGACCUUAUGACUUAUUAACUAUCUAGUUGGAGACUUUUAGACUUUAGUAUCAACUAUCAACUAUCUACUUUUAGUUUUUCAAUUGAAAUAUAUGCUAGUAUUUUGUUGAGUAUUUGAGUUUUUGGGUAUUUAUAUAUGCAUAUUUAAUAUUUUAAUUUUUUUUGUUAAUUCUCGCCUCGCUCCUAAAAGGCGCUUGCCACGCCACGCCUCGCCAUGAGGCAUGAGGCGAGCCCUUGUCGCCACGCCUCGCCUUUCGCCAUCCUAAACACUGUAUAGACCAAUAGCUAAGACAAAUGAUAUCGAUAGUUCAUAUGGUCGAAAUUAGUAUAGAGAAUCAUUUAAGGUGAACUAUGUUGAUAGCCUCUAAAGAGCGCUAAUGGGGGAUAGAAUGAUGUGUAGGAUCAUCGUAUGGCUAACUUCCGGUGGUGGUUAAUGGGUUGUAGAUCAAACGGUAAGAUGAAUCAAAUGACCAGUUUCGAGCUAUCGUUGACAAGUCAUAAGUUUUAUUGAAGAUAAGUUAUACGGACAAGGUUCAAAAGGUAUCGUUGAAAAG